UAAGAGACAGUGAGCGCACAUUUUUGAAUCGAAUUGUAUUAUCUCUCCUCAAUGCGAAGCAUAAUUUUAUAUAUAUUUUUUUUUCUCUUCUUUCCAUUAUUACAUUUUCUUUAAUUAAAAUUUUUUUAUAACUUUCUUUAACGUCUGUGCUAUUUUAUGCUUUAAUUCUUCUUCAGUUGAAGUCGAACAGUGGAACAAGUCGGUCAAAAAAACUAAAAGGAAAAAAAAAAAUUAAACGCCAAAGAAAAAUUGCAUUUUUUAUAAGUUUUCAAAAAAAAAAAAAUUUAAAAAAAAUUUAAAGGAAUAAAAAAGAAAGAAAUGAAUGAAGAUUCCUUAAAAGAAAAAUAAACAAGGAUAGAUAAUACUACACAUAAAAAAAAUAUAUAUAUAUCAAAGAAGAAUAAACAGGAGAAUAUAUUUUUUGGCAAGGAACGAUACAAGAAACAUGGGUAGUGCAAUCAGAUGAGAAUUCAUAAAAAUUUUGCUUAUUGCAUCAAGAAAAUACAAAGCAAACACAAAGUUCGUUUGAAUGACUUGAAUAUAAGAAGAAAAAUAUUAAAAAAAAACUGUGAUUUGUGCAUCAAAUAGAAAAUAAUACUGCAAGACAUACAGAAGCUUAAAAAAUUCACAAUGAGUUCUAAGCAUUUGGAUUACUACAUUUAUUUAGUUGUGAUAUUAUUACUUUAUAGAAAUGUUAAGUGUAGUGAGGAAGCGGCGUCAAUUUCUCGUUCACUUGAUUUAUCAAUUCCUGCUUGGCGUCCGCUUGUCCAAAAUCCAUAUCACCAUCAUCAUCAAUUUUUUCAACAAAAUACUGCAUCAACACCGGGACAUUUAAUAAGCUACUCACAUUUGGAAGGGACAAAUAAAAAUGAAAUAAUUGAAGCUGCAAAAUACAAUGCACAAACACUGAGGAAAAUUAAUGAGCUUUCUCAGCAACCAAUAACCUCUUAUAGUAAUCCUUAUCCUUUAUACACGCAAACACCGGGACCAUUAACGAAAGCCGUCUCUACCACAGCAUUCAUUAAUCCGAAUAUUUUGCGACAACAGCCUCUUGUUGCCGCAUCAAAUCUUAUGCAUGCACGACUACCAUACCCAGGAAAAUCUGCAUCACUCUACUCGACAAAAUUAAAUUUCUUGGGGAAACCAGAUAUGUCACAUCAUCAUCAUCAUAUAGCUCUACAUCAGAACGGCAUUCAUCAAACGAUUGCAACAACACCAAAAAUUGCUGGAUUUACAAAGGAGCAUAGUGGUAGAGUAAAUUUUCAUUAUCAUCAUCCAUCGUUUGGCAUGACUCCAAUAUUUGAUUCAACGACAAAAAGGAUUCCGAUGUUUGGUUCAUCGGUUACUCCUCACUCGACAACGAAAGUACAUCCUGUUAUGAGCAAGCUUCAAGCUCAUAUGGCUUUAGCUGCAAUGUCACAAAAUCAACAAAGCAAUGGCAAUAAUAAUAAUAAAUUGAAGCAUGCACACCGUGCCAAUUCUGGAAGCUCACAGGAAUUUUCACCACCAAGUCAAAUUGUGUCAAAUUAUGCUAAUUACGAUACUGCAACAAGAAUUCCAUUAUGGAAUCACAAUGGAUAUCCCACAAACAGUCACAAUCAAGCACAUCAUUCUCAUAAUGUAGAUUUUCAUCAUCACGUUCAUAAACCAGAAUCACAAGUAUAUCAGCAACAGCAACAACAAAUUUUACCGAGUGUUCAUCCUUCAAUCAUUACACCAUUCUUAGAGCAAGUUCAAAUUAAACAGAAGGAAGCUGCGGCUGCAGCAGAACAGAAAAAUAGCUUUAAACAAAGUCACGAGUCGAGUAGUCUUGAACAUAAUGGAUCCUUUGAAGUCGUUAAUGAUGUCUUUAGUAAACAUUUAGUACCACCCCCUCCAUCAACGUCAAAGACACAUCAUCAUCAUUAUCAUCAGAAGCCAUCAAAAGCUGCAGAUAAAGUCGAGAAAUAUCCAAAAUUAAAUUUAUCUAUGCAAUCUCCGCUUCAAGAUGCAUCUAGAUUUAAUUAUAAUAAUGUAAUUUCAACAGCCACACCAAGCUCUUCAUCAACAUCAACCGUAUCUCCAUAUAGGAAUAAUCAUGAUGUACCAAAAUAUCGUCCAUCUAAUUCGGAAAAUGUUCAUUUUGAAACUGAGAAACCGAAUGUUUUCCUCAAUUUAAAUAGACCAAAAGAAAAUCCAUAUAAGCAGCAUAAGCUGUUACAUCCAGCUUAUACAGGAGGAAUAAAGAGACCGGGUUCUAAUCAAGAUAAGCCUUUCUUACCGACACCAUACAAACCAGAAAAGGAGGAAGAAAUUAAAAUAGAUUUUGAGCCACAACAUAACUACUUUACAAUCGAGGAUGCAGUAACACCAAACUUUGGGGAUAUUUUGAAAUAUGAUCAUCACGAAGGCAGUGAUGAGUUGGAAAUAAUAACACUUAGACCUCAAGUAAAGCCAACAAGAGAUUACUUUACACAGACUACAACAAGCACAACGGUGGCUCCAUUGCAAAUUAUCUCAUCAACAGUUUCAUAUGUUGAGCCGACAGCCGUAGAAUUGCCAGCACCAUCAUCGUCUCCAAAACCUAGACAAAAAUUGAGAAGAAGAAAGCCUAAGCCACAAAAUCAACAAGUAUUAAAGGAACAGCAAGCAAAUGAAGAACAUCAGCAAGAAAGCACGAGCGAAAAACCUUUAAGAACGAGAGGCAAUGUAAAAAGUAAUAAUAGUACACCCGCACCGGAAAUUGAACUACGUACGAGGAAUAGAUUAAAUCAUCCUAAUCGUGUACGUACAAAGCCAAAUUUUACAACAACACCUGCUGCUGCCUUGUCUUCCAGUAACGAUUAUGAUUAUACAGCUAAACCUUUUGAUGAGGAUUUGAGACGUAGUGAAAUAGCCACAACACAGACAACGAGUGAAGGAACAAGCAUAAAAUCAAUAGAAUCGUCAGAAAUACCGGAUGUAAUAAGGCAUCGCGUGAGAUUGCGCUACAAAAGUAAAUUAAAUUCGAAGCCAACAACAUCACACGAGGGAAUUGAUUUUAAGCAAAAAUUGAAAGAUAGUCAAAUAUCAGAUUCUGAAAAUGAGAGUGUAGUUGUUAAGCAACCAUCAAUAGAAGAAACGACGGAAUUUAAUGUUGUUACGGAGAAUCCAUUUGUUGAAAUUAAAUCCAGCUUAAAGCUGCCAAAUUUGAAAUUGCGUAAUGAAGUGUUUACGACAAUACCAACGACUCCUGAAACAGUCAGCAUAUCAGCAUCAUCGACCACAGCUGCUGAGAAUGAGGACAAUAAUAACAUAUCACAAAAGAUUGCCAAUCGACCACGUUUUAGUAUUAAGGAACUGAAAAGGAAACAAUUUUUGACGUCAUCAUCAGUUUCAUCCGCAUCUACGACUAGUCUUACAAGCUCUCCAUCAUCUACAACAUCAAGACCAGACAACCAAAGAUUCAAUCGAUAUCGUGUAAAUUUGAAUAGAAGACGGAAUGAGACAAAUGAUUCCUCGUCAAGUGAGGAAAUUGACACAACACGAAGACGAUAUUCAAGUACAAGAUAUUCAUCGUCACAGAUAUCGACUACAUCUUCUACAACAGCAGUUGACAGUACCACAAAAAGAACAUCACUUCCAAAAAGAAUUUAUACACCAAGAAAUUUUACAAGACCAACAGCAUCAGGAAAUAUUGAAGCUGAAACCACAAGUCAGAAACCAUCAAUAAGGAAUUCAACAUUUGUUUCUAAUCGCCCGUCAACACCAAGUUUGCGGCAACGAAUACAAAACUAUAAUUAUAAGAAAAAGGAUACGUCAAAUGAAGUUACGUCAGAUCAAGAUGACACGAUUAAGAAUUUGAAUUUUGAAACAAUUAUUACACAUGAAGAGCCGUCAUCUACAACUACAUUACAAACCACUACAUCCACCUCUACUGAAUUGCCUUCACCACGCGAGACUAGUAUAAUGAAAAUCGCAAAGACUCCAUCGUCAAUUCUCAUCAAUCAGCCGAUAAAAUCGACAACAAUUAAUAGCAAUACAGUUAUAGAAAAUACACUUUCAUCGUCAUUAACACCAGGCGAGCAUUAUCAAGACUCAACAGAUUUAGUUGGUUCCCCUUCAGAGCAUUCUCAGCGUGUAGCAGAAUUGACCAUUUCGGCAAAUGAAAAUUCUCAAUUCAAGUCAGCAAAUAUUGGACUCUUAUCGCGUCGCAUUCCAAAUUAUUUUACAAUCUCAACAGAUGAUCCCAUUCUGCCUAUUCAAGCAUUCUUCCCACAAAUAAAAACAAAUGAAAGCGUAAGUUUUAUGUUCUUUAUUUCCUCAUUCAAUUGCUGAUAAUUUUAUUUUUAUUUUUUGCUUGCUUUUCAUUACAGAAUUAAUUAUAAUUGAGCAUGUAGUAAGUAAAUUUUAACAUAAUCUCACUCGACUAUAAGCUCUCUGCUAUCCAUGAAUGAAUGCAAGAGGGAGAAGCAUAAGAUUCAUGUCUUUGCGACUUUCUAGCUAUUAGAGGCGAUCAACCAAGCAAUAAUUACAAAUCAAAUUAACUUAUUAGGGACCGUUCACUUAUUACGUUACGCAAGAAAACGACUUUUUUCACCCCCCCCCCCCCCCCCUAUGUUACAUUUGGUUACAAUUUUUCAAAGCCCCCCUCCCCCCUAAAAUGCGAACGUAAUAAGUGAAAGGCCCCUAAACUAUUUAUUUAUUUAUUUUAAUUGAAUUAGAUAUACUAUUUAAAAUAAUCUACAUGCUGAACCUUUUCUUUUUCAUAGAGGAGCGAAGAAAAUUGUGCUUUUUAUUAUUAUUAAUAUUAUUUCUCAUGUUCCUCUGAAUGACGAUAAAAAAGCACUUUAUUAAUCAUUAGCUAAUUCAUCAAAUGACAUAAAAUUAGAGCGUAAAUAAUAUUUAUGACACUUUAUAGCAUAAUUCAGAGUUGAAAUUGGUUGAUUGAUUAAAUGCACUUUAUUCGGAAGUUGAUAAUGUUGUCUGAAGUCAAUGAAUUGAAAGAAAUUUGUCAUGAUCUUGAGUCUUAAAUUCAUUUUAAGAAAUAGUCGUGUUUUAAAACCGUACAAAUUCAUAUUUUAUAUGGUUUUAAGAUUUCGAAACAUUUGUAAGGUUCGAUGAUUUUUGAGUAUUCUUCGUAUUCCUUGAAUUUGUAUUGUUUCUUUAAAAAAAUUGUAAGGUUUUGAAGCACAAAUUCAUCACAUUUUAAUAAUUGAUCACUUAAAAAAAUAUUCGUUAUUAAAUUUAUUGACACAAAAAUUAAGGAUGUUUUCAUCGGAAGUAUAAAUUACUAUUCAACACAUACACAUUAUCCAAUCCUUCACAUUCUAACCUAUAACUAAAUGUAAUCACAUUUAGACAUAAACACAAUCAAUUUUGGUGAAAUCACAGCUAGUCUCAAACAUUGAAUUAAACCAUACGAUUCAAUAAAUAUUUGAUUUAUGAAUGGAAGUAGCUUUUCCUCAAUCGUAACCAAUUUCAAACUCUGAUUUUAUGCUCUCUAAUGUAAUUUAUUUCAAAACAUUAAAUGCUACUACACUGUUGAAAUUUUCAACUCACCAUAAAUUUUUUAUGUUGUGAGUAUAUAAUGAGUGAUUGGAAGCUAUAUAGAUAGGAUAUAAAAAUGAUGAGCAAACAGAUGAUUACUUUCGUUGCGUGUGCAAUUAAGGAGACUACGUUAUAUGUAAUAUAAGCCUUUCGAUAAAAUAAAAUAAAUUUCUUAUUAAAAACAACACGAAACUUUGUUAAAAAUCAUUCAACUUUAUUUUGUCUUUAAUUAAUUCUUAUUGACUUUUUUUUAUGACAAUGAUUCUUAAAUAAAGUAAAAUGAUAUGAAAAAAUAAUAAUCAAAAGAUAUUUUAUUUCAUUUUCUGAUAAGUUUUCUUUUAAAAGUAAAUAUAAUUCUUCUUUGCUUAGACUUUAAUGUUUUAAAAAUGUUUAGCAUUAACUUUAAAACUACAUGAAAUAUUUUGUUAAGGUAUUCAUCUCUUUUAUUUCGUGUGAAAGAUAAUUCACUGAAAUUAAUUGCUUACAACAUGCUGCAAACUUAAUGUUUAUUAUGAUUCUUCAGACUAUGUUCUGCGAAUUGAUUGGAUUUAAAGUUUAAGGAAUCUUAAAAAUUCAGACCUUUUAGCUUGCAUAGAUAUUAAGUGCCAAUGAUUUCUAGGCUUCUUAAUAUUCUAAAUCUACAAAUUUUUCUUAGAAAUUCGUAAAUAUCAUUCAAUUAUCCAAUUUCAUUCAAAUCUAUGAGUCAUCAAAAAUUGUUCAUCUGGAUAGAAAAAAAAAUCCAAGGUCAUCAAGAAAAUGUACUUCCUUGCACGUUGUGACACAUUUUCAUUGCAUGCUGUACUUCCAUAUGAUCAAUCUUUGUGUUUAGAUGUAUUAACUUUGAGAUAAUUGUCAUUAUUGGAACUGAAGGUACUCAAAAAUUAUGUUCGUCUAAAAGUCAAAAGUGUUGGAUGUUUCCAAAUCUGCAUUAUAGGAAUUAUAUUUCUCAAUCUAAAUGUUGCUCUAGUCGAGUUCCUCUACAACCUUGAAACAGCUCUGCUAUGCAGUAUUCAAAAUACUCAUCAUGUUUUCAGGAUAUUUAAAGAAAUUAAUUUCAGUGACCUCGAUCCUUAAUUCAAUUUAAUUUCUCAUUUGCAUUAUUAUGUUUUCUUAAAAAGUUUAUUGCGAAAAGUUUUAUUGAUAUAAAAAGGAAAUCAUACAUGAGAACAUAGAGAGACACUUUGUUAAAAUGAAAUAAAAUAAGAUAAAAGAACUUGUGCAUUAAACGAGGACUAUUUUUUCUAAAAUUAUUUAUGUAGCCGCGCACAAUUUGAGUCAGGUAUUUAUUAUAUAAGAUUUUUUAAUACUUGAAAUAUCUACUUACAUAUCUUCUCACUAUUCGUAAAUUACUCAAACUAAAUGAGCGCGAGAGAAAAUGAUUUUUUUUUGCGUUAGGUAUAGAAUAUACAUGUACAGCACUUUGGCAGCGAAAUAUUUAAAAUGGAGUUUUUUUUAAGUCAAACUUGUGAAUACUUUAUGAGUUUUCAUAAAAUUACAUUACCUUAUUGAAAGAUUUACUUGAAAAAUUAGCUAAGAAAUUUGAAAUUUUGGUGAUAGUGGAGCUUAAAAGCUGUUUCAUACUGUCUUAAAAUUUUUCAUGUAAUUAUUAUUUUUUUUGGUAGAAAAAAAUUACCUCAAUGAUUUGGACUAUUCUACUAGAUGCCAGAUAAAAUGUUGAGCUUAAUCAUUGAGUAGGAACCCAAAACUCUAUUUCUUUUUAUUCUUUCCAAGUGUCAACGUAUGACCUGUACUGAAUUGAGUCUUUCGUCGAUUGAAUUCCACAAAUUCCUCUUCGAGCUUCUUUCGCGAGUCUUCCAAUUUACGUUUCUCUUCGGCAUGAUCCUUUUUCAACUUUUCGAAUUUGGCAUGCAACUAAAUAAGGAGAACAUAGAAAAUUAAUUUAGAAUACAUUAAGCAUGAUUAAUUAUCAUAUUCACCUCUUUUUCACUUUCUUUUAAUUCUGCUUCUUUUUCUUUGACACGAACGACAAACAUUUGGCGCACUUCGUCUUCCUUUGCCUGCAAUUCAGCUACGUGAUUGGAGCGCUUAGCCUCAAAUGUUUGCUGGAAUGAGACUGGCUUAUUUUCACUAUCGACAUCAGUAAAUCCCAUUUGUUCUAAGCGCCUCUGACGAUACAAUUCGUAGUGUUUUGUGUGCGUCUUUUCGCGCAUAUCUUCCAUAUUUGUGCGAAUCAGCAUUUCACGUAGCUUCACAAAGUCGCAAUGUGCUUCAUUCUCAACUUGGACAAUGCCCUAAAUUUAAGAUUUAUUACAAUUUUUCUAUCUAUUAAGGAUGAAUAUAAAUAAGUACCCAAGGAUAAGAUCUAGCACGAAUCAUUUUGCUGCCCAACUUGACGAAUUCUGUACUUCCAACAACAGCAAACGGAAUAUGUGAGUUCAUAUUGUUGUUUUGUUCUGCGACGGUUUCGUCGUCAGUGGGAAAAUGAUAAAUCUGAACACCAUUAGCUUGAAGUUCCUCAUUAAUUUUUGCCUAAUUGUCGUGAAACAUUUUUCACAUUACUUACUUCUUCUUAUUACUGAUUGAUCAAUAUUAGUCUUACCUUAAAUUUCUGCAAUUCGGUCUUUGAAAUAGUAUCAGCUUUGGCAAUAAUUGGAAUGACGUUGACUUUUGUAUCAAGUUUCUUCAUGCACACCAAGUCCAAUGAUUUUAAACCAUGACCCGUUGGACAAAUGAAAUAUAAACAUGCAUGAAUUCUACUAUCAUGAUAAGUAGAUAUUGACCUUUUGAUCUUCAAUUCUUCCUGCAAAUAUGUUUCAAAUUGCUGAUCGAUGUAAUCGACAAGAGACUUGAAUGAAUCAUCUUUGUUAAUUUGGUCACCAUAACCUACUGUAUCGCAAAUUGUCAGCUAAAAACAGACAUGCAUUUUAUAUAAGUCACAGUUUAACAUAAGCAAGAGAAAUUUACCUUCAAUCUGACAUUGCUUUCUUGCAACUCAAAAGUUUGUGCCUUUAAUUUUACAUUUGGAAGCGUAUGAGGACUUGGUGCUGACUCAAAAUUAGUAUUGAAAAGUGAAUCCAUCAAUGUACUUUUACCGAGACCCGUCUCAGAAAUACACAAGAUGUUAAAGACAAAGCCAUUUUGAAUACUUUUGUUGACCAAUUGAUCAGGGAGACUGUCGAAUCCAACAUGGCCCGAAAGUUUCAAAUUACGUAAAUGAUUUUCAAG